AUGAGGCGUCUCAGCCAGAAAAUGCUUCGCGGCAAGAGCGAUAGCAAGUCGUCAAAGAAGAAUAAGGACUCCAAAGACGGCACUGCCUCCCCCUCUGGCGGAUCCCGAGAGUCUCAAUCCCCCAACUUGACACCUUCGUCCUCAACGUCUACUCUGAACGAUAUCCGCAACAAGCCCCUGCCACCAAAUAACAGAGGAGACACCGGCAAUGCGGGCCAGACUGGCUCCCCUUCAGGUCAGGGCACUGCUGAUAGAUUCGGCAAUUUGGGCUCUUCUCAAGGUUCGCCAAAUGGUUCCGCCACGCCUAGCAGACAUGGUUCUCUGCCACCCACAGUCGUUAUCAGCCCUAGCGCUCCACAUGUCCCUCCUCCGGGUGCAGCUGAAACGAUGCCUCACGAUCUAGCUCCUCCUAAAGCUGGCCAGAAGUCCUUGAUGUUUGACCGACUCCACCAAACCCCAAAGGAUGUCCCCGAAGGUCUUCGAACUCCCAAGAGGCAGCAUUCGUCGCGAUUCGACAUCUCGCUUCACCGUGAACUGGAGAAACUGCCUGGCUUCCAUGAAGUACCACCCAAUCGUCGCCAAGAGCUCUUCAUGCAGAAGAUUGACCAGUGCAAUGUCAUCUUUGACUUCAAUGAUGCUAGCGGUGAUAUGAAGUCCAAGGAAAUCAAGCGUCUCGCAUUGCAUGAACUGCUCGAUUAUGUCGCCAAUAACCGUCAGGUUAUUACCGAGCCCAUGUACCCACGCGUUGUCGAGAUGUUUGCAAAGAAUCUGUUCCGACCGAUUCCGCCUCCUAUGAACCCCCAGGGCGAGGCUUUUGAUCCAGAGGAGGACGAACCUGUCUUGGAGGUCGCAUGGCCGCAUAUUCAGGUGGUUUACGAAUUCUUCUUGCGAUUCAUCGAGAGCCAGGACUUCAACACCAACAUUGCCAAGGCUUACAUUGACCACAGCUUUGUCCUCCAACUUUUGGAGCUCUUCGAUUCUGAGGAUCCUCGGGAAAGAGAUUUCCUCAAGACGACACUGCACAGGAUCUACGGAAAGUUCUUGAACCUCCGAUCCUUCAUUCGCCGAUCAAUCAACAAUGUCUUCUUCCAGUUCGUAUACGAGACGGAGAGAUUCAACGGCAUUGCCGAGCUUCUUGAGAUUUUGGGCUCCAUCAUUAAUGGUUUUGCCCUACCUCUAAAGGAGGAGCAUAAGUUGUUCCUGACCAGAGUGCUGCUUCCCCUGCACAAGGUCAAGAGUCUCAGCAUGUACCACCCUCAGCUAGCUUACUGCAUUGUGCAGUUCCUGGAGAAGGAUGCAUCACUCACUGAGGAGGUUGUACUUGGUCUUUUGCGAUACUGGCCCAAGGUCAACAGCACCAAAGAGGUCAUGUUCCUCAACGAAGUGGAAGAUAUAUUCGAGGUCAUGGACCCUGCCGAGUUCGCCAAAGUCCAGGAGCCGCUUUUCCACCAGCUGGCCAAGUCGGUCGCAAGCCCUCAUUUCCAAGUCGCUGAACGUGCGCUAUACUUUUGGAAUAAUGAGUACUUUUGCAACCUCGUCAGCGACAAUGUUGAGAUCAUCCUCCCUAUCAUGUUUGCACCGCUCUAUGAAAAUUCUAAGGGACAUUGGAACAGAACGAUCCAUGGCAUGGUAUAUAACGCUAUGAAACUGUUCAUGGAGAUCAAUCCGCAGCUGUUUGAUGACUGUUCCCACGAGUACACUGAACAACAGAACAACGCCCCGGCGCGUGAGGCACUGAGGGAAAGAAAGUGGCAAGCCAUCAAAGACCAGGCCGGCAAAGGCAAAACGGCCAACGGUGUCCAUGAGCUUGAUCAAAGCGAGGAUAACCAGAAGCGUCUCGACUCGUUGAAGUUGGACAGUGAUCGGCGAGACCGUCGUCCCGCACAUGAGCGGCAAACCUCGGUAGGCUCUUCCAGAAGCCGGUGA